AUGGCGGAGGCCAUAGGAAAGAGAAUUCUGGACAAAGGUUGGCUGGCAGCCCGAUCAACAGAGGUUGGCUUCACCGGAGUUGAGCUCACCACCGACCACCCUCCAACAGCUCAUCAACCGCCGUGGAUGGAAGCUGUCGUUCCCGGAACUGUUCUGGCUACCCUAGUGAAGAACAAGCUCGUGCCUGAUCCCUUUUAUGGUUUGGAAAAUGAGUCAAUAAUGGAUAUUGCCAACUCGGGGAGGGAAUACUACACUUUCUGGUUUUUCACAAGUUUUGAAUGCAAACUGGGUAGAAAUCAACAUGUGGAUUUAAAUUUCCGUGCUAUAAAUUAUUAUGCGGAAGUUUAUCUUAAUGGACACAAAGAGUUACUUCCAAAGGGGAUGUUCCGAAGGCAUUCCAUUGAUGUAAGUGAUUUUCUAAAUCGAAGCGGUGAAAAUCUGCUGGCUGUUUUGAUUUAUCCUCCUGAUCAUCCGGGUAGAAUUCCCCCUGAAGGUGGUCAAGGUGGUGAUCAUGAGAUUGGAAAAGAUGUUGCUGCACAGUAUGUUGAAGGUUGGGACUGGAUGGCUCCAAUAAGGGACAGGAACACUGGCAUCUGGGAUGAGGUUUCCCUUACUGUUACUGGACCGGUGAAGAUAGUAGAUCCGCACUUAGUCUCAUCAUUUUUCGACAAUUACAAGAGAUCCUAUCUUCACACAACACUCGAGUUGGUGAAUAAGAGCAAAGAGGUCGCUAGCUGUUCUCUGAAUAUACAAGUGGGAUCUGAACUUGAUGGGAAUAUAUUCGUGGUAGAGCAUCUUCAUACUCAUCAUUUGUCAAUUCCUGCUGGAUCUCAUGUUCAACAUACAUUACCUGAGCUAUUCUUCUAUAAACCCAAACUUUGGUGGCCAAAUGGAAUGGGAAAACAAAUCCUAUACAGCGUAGAAAUAACUGUUGAUGUUGAAGAUCAUGGAGAGUCUGAUUCAUGGAGUCAGCAUUUUGGUUUCCGUAAGAUUGAGAGCUACAUAGAUACAAGUACUGGUGGAAGGUUGUUUAAGGUCAAUGGGCAGCCAAUAUUUAUCCGUGGGGGCAAUUGGAUAUUGUCGGACGGAUUGCUGCGACUCUCCAAGAAACGCUAUGAAACAGAUAUUAAAUUUCAUGCUGACAUGAAUUUCAACAUGAUACGUUGUUGGGGUGGUGGAUUAGCUGAAAGACCCGAGUUUUAUCAUUACUGUGACAUUUAUGGUCUUCUGGUCUGGCAAGAAUUUUGGAUUACUGGAGAUUGUGAUGGUCGAGGUGAUCCUGUGUCAAAUCCCAAUGGUCCCUUGGACCAUGACCUUUUUCUGCUGUGUGCUAGAGACACAGUGAAGUUGCUAAGGAAUCACCCGAGUCUUGCUCUGUGGGUUGGAGGUAACGAACAAACUCCUCCACGCGAUAUCAAUGCAGCUCUAGAAGAGGAUUUACGGCUUCAUCCCCUUUUCGAAAGUUUUACCGACUGUAACAAUUGCGUGGAAGAGAUUUACCUAAAAAUGAAGGACCCAAGCACAUAUUUGGAUGGAAGUCGUGUUUACAUUAAAGGAUCCCUGUGGGACGGAUUUGCUGAUGGGAAAGGGAAUUUUAAGGAUGGUCCUUAUGAAAUCCAAAACCCUGAAAACUUCUUCAAGAACGACUUUUUCGAUUAUGGCUUCAAUCCUGAGGUUGGUUCUGUGGGGAUGCCUGUGGCGGCUACCAUCCGGGCUACAAUGCCCCGAGAGGGAUGGCAGAUUCCGCUAUUCAAAACAUUGCCUAGUGGUUAUGUGCAGGAAGUCCCUAAUCCUAUAUGGGACUACCAUAAGUACAUCCCUUACUCAAAGCCUGGAUUGGUUCAUGAUCAGAUUUUACUAUAUGGUGAACCAAAGGAUCUCGAUGACUUUUGUCUUAAGGCACAAUUGGUUAAUUAUAUCCAAUACAGAGCUCUCUUGGAGGGUUGGACCUCACGUAUGUGGAGCAAAUACACGGGUGUUUUGAUUUGGAAAACUCAAAACCCUUGGACAGGUCUGAGGGGUCAGUUUUAUGAUCAUCUCCUCGAGCAAACAUCAGGGUUUUAUGGGUGUCGUUGUGCUGCAGAACCAAUUCAUGUCCAGUUAAAUCUAGCAACAUAUUUUGUGGAGGUAGUGAACACGACUUCAGAAGAACUAUCUGAUGUGGCAGUGGAAGUCUCGGUUUGGGAUCUAGAUGGCGCAUGCCAGUACUAUGAAAUCCUCGAGAAGCUCACUGUACCACCUAAAAGCACUAUAUCCACUUCAGAGAUGAAGUAUCCAAAGUCUGAUAACCCGAAACCCAUUUACUUUCUUCUUCUCAAACUGUACAAAACCUCAGACAACGAGAUAAUAUCACGAAACUUUUACUGGUUACAUCUGCCCGGCGGAGAUUACAAUCUCUUGGACCCAUACAAAAAAAACAAAGUUCCUUUGAAAGUUACCUCCUUAACUUUCAUAAGAGGGUCCAGCUAUGAGGUCAGAAUGCUCAUAGAAAAUGCAUCAAAGAAAAAACCAGAUUCCAAAAGUCCGCUCCUAAAUAACAAUAUCUUAAAAUGUCCUCUCGAAUUACCUUCAUCUGAAGCUGCACAAUGUGUGCCCGAUGAAAAAGUGGAGUAUGGGUUGUUCCCAAAGACGCUGAAGAAGUUUUUUACAAAAGGCAGUGGCGUGAAAGUGAAGGAAAUCGAUGGAUCCGCAAGUGGAGUAGCGUUUUUUCUUCAUCUGUCGGUCCAUGAUUCGGCGAAAGACGGUAAAGAUGGUGAUGACACUCGGAUUUUGCCAGUUCAUUAUUCUGACAACUAUUUCUCACUGGUACCAGGUGAGGUAAUGAGCGUGAGACUAAAUUUUGAGGUUCCUCAAGGAAUCACGCCUCGUGUUAUGAUUCAAGGUUGGAAUUACCCAGGUGGGCCUACUGUUCUCUAA